AUGAAUAUAGACUCGUACAGAUAUCGGGUGCCCAAACCCAACUAUCUUCCUCACAACAUAGAUGUCGACCGCGAUGAGUCCAUCAUCGAGGAGUACAACACGCCGCUUGGCCUCGCGAGUGAAAUGGACAACGCCAAGUUUUACAACAAGUGCAAGCGUCUCGCAGAGGAGUCGGGCAUUACACGGCCCAAGGGGUACAACGUAUCCUUUCAUUGCAACCCCGAUAUUGAAAAGCACCACUUUGGCGUCACUCAUCCCAUGAAGCCAUGGCGCCUCACUCUUUCUAAGAGCCUGAUCUACUCUUACGGCAUGUCCUUUGCCAUGGACAACUACAUAUCAAGAGCCGCCACAUACGAGGAGCUGGCAUCUUUUCAUUCAACAGAUUACAUCGAUUUCCUCGGCACUGUGCUUCCCGAGCCGGUGCCACGAGAUCUCGAGAACCAAAACCUGGACCUCAAGUUCAACCUAGGUGGCUCAGAUUGCCCUCUUUUCGAUGGCCUCUACGACUACUGCUCUCUUUCUGCUGGUGGGUCACUCGAUGCUGCGCGGAAGAUCUGCAACCAACAAUCCGACAUCGCCAUCUCCUGGGGAGGCGGCCUGCACCAUGCCAAGAGGGCCGAGGCCUCUGGCUUUUGCUACAUCAACGACAUCGUCCUCGCCAUCCUCCAGCUGCUGCGCUACUAUCCGCGGGUCUUGUACAUUGAUAUUGAUGUCCACCACGGAGAUGGCGUCGAGGAGGCUUUUUUCUCCACCGAUAGAGUCAUGACGGUCUCGUUUCACAAGUACGACCCCAACAACUUCUUCCCCGGCACAGGUGCCCUCGACGACAACGGUCCUAAGAGCGAGCACAAUCCGGGCUCGCACCACGCCUUCAACGUUCCGCUGAACGAUGGUAUUACGGAUGAGCAAUACGAUAACCUCUUCAACACCGUCAUUGGCAAGAUUGUGGAAAAGUUCCGGCCAGGUGCCAUCGCGCUGCAGUGCGGUGCUGACUCGUUGGCCGGUGAUCGUCUGGGUCGCUUUAACCUACAAGUGCAGGGACACGGUGCAUGCGUCGAGUUUUGCAAGAAAAUGCGCAUUCCCAUGAUUUUGUUCGGCGGCGGUGGAUACACUCCAAGGAAUGUAGCCCGGGCCUGGACCUACGAGACUAGCAUCGCCAUCGACUGUCAGGACAAAAUCGACCCGAUCCUACCACAGCACGCUCCCUGGCGGGAUCAGUUUCGACAGGAAACACUCUUCCCCACCCUGGAGCAGAUCCUGGGCGAGCCGCGACAGAAUCGCAAUCCCCAAAAACGCUUGCAGGACGUUGUGCAACACAUCACGGAACAGCUCCGGUUCGUGGCAGCGGCCCCGAGCGUUCAAUUCCAAAACAUCCCGCCCGAUCUCGGGGCGAUCCGAGACGACGUGGAAGCACGGUUGAAGGAGGAGAAUGAUGAAAGACAUGAUGAGGUGCGCAGGGCGCGUGAGGCCGCAGUGGGCACGGCCAUGGAACUUUGA